AUGUCUACUCAACACCCGCUCCCACCACACUCAAUCAUUCCACCAAAGCAAGCCGUCUCCUCCCAGCGCCGCCCACCUCGAGGCUACAUCCCCCAAGAAACGUUCCGUGAGCUAAAGAAGCGCAUCCUCUCCAACGCGCAUGCAUACUACGCCCACCACUUCCCCCGAUCCGAGCGCUUCGACCUCAUCACCUCGUCGACGACGCCUACAGGUCGACUUGACAGUAGGGAGUGGCGCGCCGCGUUGAUCGUGUAUCCCGACCCGAAGCGCCAUGAUUGGCGGGUGUUGUAUAAAAGCAAUGCGUGUCCGAGUGUGGAGGACGCUGCGUUUGAGAUCAAGUAUUGGAUCGAGGAGGACAUGAGUGCAGUGUUUGACAAGGUGGAGGUGGGGGAUGUAUGGUCGGCAGACGUUUAGCAUACUGCUGCUACUACUACUACUGUGUCGCCGGAGGAGAAUUUUGGGGGUUAUGCGAUUAAGACGGAGGAAUAGGCUGAUACUGAAGAGGGGACUGUUCAGAGUGCGUCUGGCUUGAGGCGUAAAUCGCGUGAUGAGCACGACGAGGAGCGGAAGAAGAG